AUGGGUCUUCCAUACAAUCCUGAUACAGAUGUGCCUGAUCUCUCUGGCAAAGUCAUUCUCAUCACCGGAGGCACCAGUGGCAUUGGAAAGGCUGCAAUCCUUGAAUUAGCCAAACACAACCCAGCACACAUCUACUUCACCGGUCGAAACGAGAAAUCCGCCAAAGAAGUCAUCUCCCAGUCUGCCAACUCCUCAAACAUCACCUUCUUGGCCUGCAAACUCGACAACCUCGCAAGUAUCCGCGAAGCCGCAACAAAAUUCCAACACAGCCGUCUAGACAUAUUCAUCGCCAACGCAGGCGUCUCGGCCAUCCCACCCGCCCUCACAAAGGACGGCUACGAAGUCCAAUUCGGCACCAACCACGUUGGCAACGCGGCACUAUUGCUGCUUCUCCUGCCCAUCAUGCUGCGAACUGCAAAUGAGGUGCCGGGAGCAGAUGUCCGCUUCGUAGCCAUCACGUCGUUGGGAUAUGCUAUGGUUAAUGGGAUUGACUUUGACGCCGUGCGGUUCAAGCAGGACAAUAUGCUGCUGAUGGGUAGGUGGAGACGCUGUGCGCAGAGCAAACUCGCCAAUGUGCUCUUUGCGAGAGAGCUGGGCAAACGGUAUUCGCAGAUCACGAGCGUUGCUGUUCAUCCGGAUGUGGUUGGCACGGAGGCGGUUGCCAACUUUGGGACUUUUGACAAGAUGCUCCGCUCAUUACGGCUCCACGGGGGAUGCUGA